GAUCAUUAAAAAUAAUGCUAACAUGUAAAACAAUUUUUUUUGCGAACAUUACAAUUGCAUUAUAAAAAGUAGUUUGAAGUUCACCAUCACCACCAUACCCUUAUAUUCAUUUCCAUCUCCAACACCUAUUUUCCGGCGAAACCAUGGCGGGGCAAGAUCAGGAACAGCCACACUCUCCGUUAGUUGACCGGACAAGUAGCAACGACAAAGAAGCUGCCACCUAUUCGAAGCAAAUUCGUCGUAAAAGAUGUAUCAAGUGUUGUGGAUGCAUCACAAUUGCAUUAUUAAUCCCUGCCAUAGUGAUUAUUAUAUUAAUUUUCACUGUUUUCCGGACCAAAGAUCCGUUCAUUACAUUGAAUAAAGUGAUCAUCACUCAUAUGGAGGUAAUCAACAACACAAUGAUUCCGAAACCAGGAACAAACAUAUCCGUAAUUGCAGACGUAUCGAUAAAAAAUCCGAACGCGGUGUCAUACAAGUACGAAAAUACCACGUCGGUUCUCUACUACCGUGGGGUCCAAGUCGGAGAGGCUCGAGGGCCACCGGGGUAUUCGAAGGCACGACGGACCAUGCGGAUGAAUUCUACGGUAGAUUUGGUCGCUGAUAAGUUGAUUUCGAACCCUAAUUUGGCUACUGAUGUGGGUACUGGAUUGUUAACGAUAGGUUCCUACACAAUAUUACCGGGGAAGGUGAAAGUUUGGUUUGUAAAGAAGCAUGUGACAGUAAAAAUGAAUUGCACUGUGACGGUUAAUAUUACAAGCCAGGUAAUUUCGGCACAGAAGUGCAAGAGUAAGGUUGACCUCUAGGAGUUGUUUGGCAUUAGUUCAAGCAGUUUUUUUUUUUUACUUUUGGUCAUAUUUGAUUUUAAUUGGUUGGCAUUUGAUGUUUUUACUUUUUUUAUUGCAGUAAAUUAUAUGUUCUGUAAUUUUUUAUUGUUUUUGAUCAUAUGUUCUGUAAUUUUACUCAUGCUUUGAUUCUUAAUUCUUUUUUCUAA